AUGCCUGAAAACGAUCAUGACUCGGUGAUCCCGGCCCAGCUCGCCUACCUUGCCAUCUACAACCCGAACCUCGGACCAACCGACGAGACGAUAGCAGAUCAGAUCGUGUUCUACACCUCGAAGUCAAGCCAUGCACGACGGCUCGAUAACUCUACAACAGAGGAGGAUGAUAAGAAAGGGGUUGAGGACGAAAAGAAUGAGAAAUUGCGCCAGAUAGGUCUGGCGCAGGGCAUGGUGAACUUUGCUAGUAACUUUUCAGAUGGAAAGGCACUGGAAUAUAUUGAGACAGACAAAUCCCGUGUUAUUCUGCUGGAGCUGGAGAAGGACUGGUGGAUUAUUGCCUCUAUCGAUUUUACUCGACUUCCCGCUGAUCCAGCUCAUAAAUCUUCUUCGGGGGCAUCUGAUUCCCCGGCUUUCCAAUAUUCAUCACGAGAAAUCGGACCGCCUCAUCUACUUGUCCAGCAAUUGCGCCGCGCCCAUUCGAUAUUCCUUCUACACCAUGACUUCACGUUGGACAACUUGUACAAACAAGCUGGUAGAGCUUCGUUUUGCCUCUUUCUUGAACGGUUUUGGGACAAGUUUGCAUGGAACUGGGAACUUCUGUUGACCGGAAACCCAAUCGUCGAGAUGUAUAACGGGAUCAAACUCUCUGCUGGAGGAGAGUUGGGUAUUGGAGUUGGGGAAGAAGAAUGGGGAAGCGGAGAAAGAGAAGUACUCGAAGACUUUGUUACCAGAACAGAGGGCUUGGUGGACUUGGUUGUCUCCAGAUUUGGCGACUCGCCUGUACAAUUCAAUGGGUCUCCGGCUUCGACCAGGUCAAAUGACCAAGGACUAUGGCUUGGCGCAGACAAUGACCCUCGACCAUCCGAUGGCGUUAUAUUCGCUGGUGUCGGUGGUCUUUCCAGACUCUCGCUGGCACAGGUGUCACAGUGGAUGGAGUGGAUCUAUCGAUUUGGGGAUACUACGUAUGGAGUUGGGCGGGACCCAACUUCGCUGCGUCGCCGCAAGCCAAAAAAGCAGCGCGGGAGGCCACCUCCAGAGAACCAGCCCUCUACACCGGAUCGCAGCUUUACGCCGGGUAUACCUCGUCCGCUUAUAAUGGCAGCACCGCAGCCACUUCAAGAGGUACCCGAAGGGAACGAGGCGGAAGUGGAAAUUGGCAAGAAUGAGAAUCCAGGGUUUCCCACGGAAACGGUCAUGAAAUACCUCACACUUGGAUAUGGUUCUGCCUGGAGUUUCUCCCCAAAAUCAGCAACAUCUACGCCUCCUCGCAGCUCUACUCCUGCGCAGGAUGGAGCCACUUCGAGCACCUCAACCCCGAAGGACCAUUCCAGUGCCAACCCAUCUCAGGCUGAUGUGAAACCUCGAAGCAAUCCUUCUGGCCGUUUUGUCCUGGGACCUCGAGAUGAUCUAGAGACAUUGGAUGACCUGGAAGAAGGAAGUCCUGUUUCAGAAACCGAAAAUGGCAAGCCCAAAACUCGAAUAGUACAGAGAACUCUGCACGUACAUCUGGCAAAUGGAUCAGAUACGACCCAAAAGAAGCUUCAAGCCGUGAUCUACGUGAACCAACCAUUCCUGUUCACAUUCCUCUUCGACCCUGAAACCCAAUCUCUCUCAUCCCCAUCUCUCUACUCAAGCAUGCACCACCAACUAGGUCCCCUCCAAAAGCCACUCCUGUCAUCAACAUCCCCAAAAAUGGCAGCCUCCCGCAUCUCCAUGUCAGAGACCUCUCCAGAUCCAAGCAAACACUUCUCGACAAGAUCCCAACCAGUCUACGAUCUGGUCUACGAUCCAUCAAACCUGACAAUCCGCUCACCACAAGAGCUGGAACGAACAAGCAAAACCAAUCGCGGAUGGUGGGUUGUCUGGGUACGCAUCCCACAAACACCCAACCAACAAACCUCACUAUCAACCACAUCUUCAUCCGUUGCCCUCUCAUCUCUGACGAACGAAGAUGAUCCCUUCACUGCUACCCCCUCUCCACCUCCCCAGGAAGCAUUCCUCGUCCGCAAAGCGAGCGACUACGUCUCACCCGCUACACACGGUCGUGUCAGUAGUGGCGCUCGCUUUUUCCGGGAUUUAGGUGGUGCUUCUGGCUCUUCGGGGUUGACGGGGACUUCUCGUACGGCGGAUAUGGCGCCGUCGAAGUUGGUUGAAGGGUUGGUUUGGUAA